AUGAACACCGGCACCAAAGAUGAGUGUCCUAGCAAGGAGAAUGCCAUGGCGUUGAACACAACCACGACCAAUGGCUCCCUCGGAGAAGCAUUGUCGGAGUCCUACUAUAUUGACCCCUUGAAAGAGCGCAAAAUGAUGAGGAAGUUCGAUCUGUACGCCAUAGUAGCCAUGGGUAUCUUAUAUAUGAUGUCCAAUCUUGACAGGAGCAAUCUGGGUAAUGCCAACAUUGCUGGUAUGCCAAAAGAGAUUGGUCUUACUGGAAAUCAAUUUGGCAUCGCCACCACGUUGCUAUUUGCUACCUACGUCCCGUUCGAAGGGCCAGUCGCCGUCAUGCUCAAGGUCAUCGGACCUAAGCCUCUCAUGACAACGUGCGCGUUUUGCUGGGGAGUGGUUUGUCUUGGAAUGUCCUUCAUCCAGAAUCACUAUGGCCUCUACGCUUGCCGUCUUCUGAUAGGCUUUUUCGAGGCUGGGCUCAUCCCUUGCGUUAACGUUUAUAUCGGGGCAGUGUACAAAAAGUCCGAAAGAGGUCAACGAUCUUCCUUCAUCUUCGCAUUUAGUGCAUUUUCCAGUGCCUUCGGUGGUCUCUUGGCUUUUGGUCUCACGCAGAUCCGGACCGCCAACUACUCGGGAUGGAGAUGGCUCUUUGCAGUGGAAGGGGCCAUCACUAUCAUGGUUGUGCCACUUUUCUGGUUCAUCUUCCCCACGACACCGACUGAAGCCUGGUUCCUUACUGAAGACGAGAAGCAAAUGAUGCACAUACGCUAUGCUUCCGACCCAUCAUGGGGCUUUGACGACAGGUUCGCCUGGAGUGAGUGUCUCAAAGCAUUUGUCGACCCAAAAUGGUACGCAUUUUUCGCGUAUCAGUUUUCCAUCAAUAUCAGCCUGUACGGCUUAACAACCUUCAUGCCUGCCAUUGUCCGUGGGUUAGGAUACACGUCUUAUCACGCAAAUCUCAUGACCGUACCAAUCUUCUUCGUCGCUUUGGUCUUCUUUCUAGCCCUUGCCUGGGCAUCAGAUCGAACGGAAGUCCGCGGCCCGUUCCUCAUUAUUGGUCUUGUGUGUUUGAUUGCGGGCUAUUCAAUCUUGUUGACGGUCAACAAUCUGAAGGUGAAGUUCUUCGCAUGUUUCGUAGUCGCGGCUCUGGGCAUCUAUCCAACUACCGGUCUUUCUAUUAUGUGGCUACAAGAUAAUGUGUCGCGGCACUAUAAACGAGCCACCAUGGUAGGAUUCACCCUCACCCUUGGGAACACAGCGGGCGUCGCAGUCGGACAGAUCUUCACGGCCCAGAGUGCACCAGAAUACCUUCCCAGUAUUCGCAUCGCGUUGGGUAUGGCUUGCUUCGCCUUAGUCGAUGUCUGCUGCAUUAUGACUGCGUUCAAGUGGAUUAACAGGAAGCGUGCGGCUAGGCUACUGGCAGCUGAGCAGGCUGGAAGCCCAAUCGAGUCAGAUGCUUCUCUGGGAGACUAUGAUCCUCAUUUCCGAUACACUAUCUGA